CUGUUCCCACCACCAGCCUGGUCGUAAAAGAGCACCGGCAUGUCGUAAAAGGGCCGCAAGUAGCAGCGUUCUGGCAGACGGCUAGGGACCCAUUCUCGACGCCGGUGUCAGCUGUGAAAAGUUGGGAGAACCUGUUGCUAGUGACAGCAAGGCCUCCGCCGGCUCAGGCGCUGCCCCGACGCGCCGCAGGGAGGCAGGGGCCGCGGGCGGGAAAGGGCGGCGGUGGGGGCGCCAUGCGGCCGCUGGACGCGGACGGCGCGCAGGAGCCGGAGGACCCGGGCGGCCUCCUGAGUCCGGUGCUCCGCGUGGUCCGCGAGGACGUUGCCUGCCUUGAGCGUGAGCACGUCCGGGCGCACUGGAGGGCCCGCAGGAAGCUGAUGGAGAUCGAGAGCCUGCUGGACGAGAUCAAGAGCGAGGUGGAAGCCUCGGAGGCGAGCGCGCUGGAUCCCGCGCGGAGCCCGGGCCUGGACGCAGAGGAGAGAGUGGUGAAGCUGUGCGCCAAGGUGGAGAGGAAGGCGGUGGAGGCGGCGCGGAUGGGCAAGAGGAUCCUGGAGCUUCACCAGCAGAUGGACAGCUGCGCGUGCUACUGAGCCGCGCGAGAGCCGGUUGCAACUGAUGGACUCUUUCCAGCUGGUAAGGAGGCCUGGCUGCUUGGACCAGCUGAAACCCAGAGAGCCCUUCUUUCUGUGUCUCCCCCUAUUUUCCUGUCUGUUUUUACCAUGUUAAAGCCAAUGGUCAGUACUGUCCUGGUGGAUGAUUUCUGUAUUCGAUUGUCAUAUCAGUUUUGAUUAAUAGGCGCAUUCAGUCUGGGAAAGACAGGCUCAGUCAGUGUUCUUACGUGAAGGAGUGUGGCCCGGAGUGUGAGCUGCUUCGUGCUUAUAUUUGUUACUGUGAUAUUUCUCAUACUUGUAGAGUUUGCAAGUGUAUCCUCUUGCUCUGCUAUUUUAUGCUUCUUGAAAUUGGGAAACUGAUGGGAGACUUAGGUCGGAGUCCUGCACGCGAGAAGAUCCUCUUGAGCCGCAGCUGGGAAAGCAAGAGCCAAGGGUGCACACAGACCUGCUUCGGCCAGUGAGAUCCCAGGCCCAAGGUGCUUGGGAAUGGAGAGUGGUGCUGUAUGAAAAGGUGGAACGCUGUUGUUUUUUUUUGGUUUUUUUUUUUUUUGUCGUUGUUGUGUUUUGUUGUUUUUUUUAUUCCAGAAGUGUAUACUUUCUGUGGCAUGUUAACUGGUGCACAUCACAUGACCUGUCGGGUAAGCAACCUCAGAUGGGGAUGAGUUCUAGGAAUACGCAUUUGCGAACUUUGGAAUUCACGUCUUUGCUGUAAAACAGGGUGCUAGGAACGGGAAGGGUAAAGCUAGCCACAGUGGGCUCACAUUUCCUGGUAAGCAGGAAGCAGCUUCCUGGCUGAGAUGAUCAGAGCUCAGGCUUCACAGGGAUUGGAUCAGAGCUUUAACUUGUUAUGAUAAAGUUUAUUUGUCUGGAAAAGCAAAUGCUGACAGCUUUAGAAUCUUUUGUGUAAAUGAUCGAGCCAUUGACUUGGCCAGGAAAAGGUGAUGUAAAUAAAAAAAAGAAUGUUUCGGACUGGAA